AUGGCAUUUAUGGAAAACAGAACAGAAGUAAAUGAGUUCAUUCUUGUAGGAUUUACAGAUACCCCAGAGUAUCAGGUUCUGCUCUUCAUAAUAUUCACCCUUAUCUACAUCAUCACUUUAGUAGGAAAUCUGGGAUUGGUAACCCUGAUUUGGAUGGAAUCUACUCUCCACACUCCCAUGUACUUCUUCCUCAGCAGCCUCUCUCUGGUGGAUUUAGGUUCUUCUUCAGCUAUUAUUCCCAAAAUGCUUGCUGGAAUCCUCACAGGGGACAAGAUUAUUUCCUACAAUAGUUGUGCCACACAAAUGUUCUUUUUUGUAAUCUUUGUUACUACUGAAAAUUAUCUGUUGGCUUCCAUGGCCUAUGAUCGCCAUGUGGCUGUGUCUAAGCCCCUACACUACUCUACCAUCAUGUCAUCAAAGAUGUGUCUUGGUCUAACCAUUAGUUGUUAUGUCUGUGGCUCAGUGAACUCUUCAAUCCACAUUGGCUUCACAUUCAGCCUCUCUUUCUGUAGUUCUAAUAUUGUGAAUCACUUUUUCUGUGACAUUCCUCCAAUCUUGACUCUCUCCUGCUCAGAUAUUCACUUCACUGAGUUGUUGGUUUGUGUUAUAGGGGCAUUUAACAUGGCUUUUGCCAUUCUGAUCAUUGUGGUUUCCUACCUCUCAAUUUUCAUUGCCAUUCUGAGAAUCCGCUCUACUGAGGGCCGCCAGAAAGCCUUCUUCACCUGUGCUUCUCACAUCUUUGCAGUGUCCUUAUUCUAUGGAGCAACCAUCUUCAUGUAUCUACAACCCUCAUCAGCUCAUUCCAUGGAAAAAGAUAAAAUGAUCUCUGUAUUCUACACCAUGAUCAUUCCCAUGCUGAAUCCAUUGGUGUAUAGUCUGAGAAACAAAGAUGUCAAGAAUGCUUUCAUAAAAGCUAUUAGAAAAAAGAAUUAUUAG